UAUCAGUAUCAGCCACUGGGAACGACGCUCUCUCCAGUGUGACAAGUGUUGACCGGUCGUUUUGACGAAGCUGCGAUCGAGCGUUUUGCUAGUUCAACGUUAAAAUGGCCAUAAUAAGCGGCGGGAAAAGUCCGUUGAAUAUAAUUUCGCAGGAUGUAUAUACUGCAAUAAAUCACGUCAGCGUAUGGACGCCGGAGUAGAUAAUUUUACGAGGUAGAUAUUGCCAGCAGUGAUUUCGUAAAGCAAACAUUUUUUCCAGCCGAGUGGACGGAUCGAGUUAAACAAUAAGGUAGCGAGUGCUCGGCUAAUCUCUCGGCAGCCUUUUUAUCGUCCGAUGCAGUGAAUCGAUCACGAGCGAUCCUCGCUGGAGAUAUACCGGCGCUGGAAAUGUGCCAGUAAACCGGAUCAUAGCAAAAGUGAACAAAGAAAGUUGGCUUGUCUCGAAUGAGGAAAGCACAAUGGUGAGCGAGCGGCGCCAGAAACGAGGAAUUUCGGCGGGCAAUCAGGAAGGAAGGCCCUAAAGCGAAGUCCCGCAACGAGGCGCCGAAGCCGCGCGACACGGGCACUGGCGACAGAGGAAAAGCUCGCCGCCACACGGACGCAGCAGCGCGGAGAGGAAAGUUUGAGGCCUGCGUCCCGUUGGAGCUGCAUGCGCGCGGCGAGCAAUAAAAGGCGAAUGAAUUCAGCGAGCGCUGCUGCGAUGUGCUGCUCGAGCGCGGCGCACGGGGCAGAGAGAGAGAGAGAGAGAGGGAGAGAGGGAGAGAGGCAGGCAGCAGUAACCGAGCCACGACAUAUCUGCCCGCACGAGAGAGCCGAUAUCGCCGCGACUCGGCCGGCAUCAGUGGUGCAGUCGGGCGUAGAUCUGCGCCGCGCCGCGGACAGCUCGGCAAAUCGGCCUCGCGCUAAUGAAGGCGCGACGCACCUCGCCGACGGACAAUCGCUCCGAGCGCGACGCGAUCGAUCGGCGUUCGCGGCCACUGCGAGCCGAUCCGAGAGCGCGCACGCACGGCUUGAUUUCUGCGAGGCGCGAGGACCUCGAAUCGGCGUCGGGCAAAACCGGUUGGGGCGCUCACGUGCUCUCUCUCUCUCUCUCUCUCUCUCUCUCUCUCUCUCUCUCUCUCUCUCUCUCUCUCUCUCUCUCUCUCUCUCUCUCUGCCUGCUCUCCUCCUCCGCCGGCUGCUUUUGGGCUGCUCGCUCCGAAGCCAACUCUCGUCGCCGGGCGGCGCAGCGACGCCGCGAAUUCCUCGGGCCCCCGGUCCCCCGGUCUCCGACACUGCUUGCCCUCGGCGGCGGUGAGUCGCUGCUAGGCGCCUGCUCGCGCGCGCCAGGCCCGAGACAAGUUUUCGCGAUGCAACGAUGGCUUCGGCACCGUUACCUCGCCUCGAUGCCACAGCCUCCUUUGACUUGCGGUUCAUUUACGAGCUUGCUUGCUUAUAUUAUUUACGACACGAACCCUCGCCGACGAGGACCUUCCCUCGGCUUUUCCCUCGGGCUCCGUUUAGCCGCGACCGUUUACAGUCGACCGACCAGCCCGCGCGCUCUCCAAAAUACCGUCCGCCUGCACUUGAAACUCGCGCUCCGAAAUGCCGCGACCGUCGUUUCGCGCAGCAAAUGGACGAGAGGCUCGCAACGAGCGAGCGCGCAAAAAAUAAGCACCUGCGCUCGCAUCCGAGUCGAGUCCAGACGAAUCUUUGAUUACGCGCAUCGGCGUUUUCCGUCCUGCUGCUCGCGCAGCGGAGCCGCGGCCUGA